CCUGGUGAUCAAUGGUCAGUAGUCGGUCACCACUGUUCAGUCAACGAUCACACUUGCAACCGGAGCAGCAACGGCAACAGAUCGCAAUUGCACGAGACACAGCUAAAAACGAUAUUCAUCAUAUUGUCGUCUACAGCAACGACCUGUUAGCACCAUGAAGGGUUUGUUAUACGCAGUGUGCGCGAUCGGUCUGUGCGCUCACGCUUUUGCCGGCGAAGAGGCGAAGAAAGAUACGGCCAAGGUAGAACCAAAGGCAGCCGACUCCAGCAAAGGCAAGAGGCAUCUUUCGUCAUUCGGUUACGGUGGUUAUGAAUCUGAUGGCGGUUUCGAAUCGUACGGCAUCGGCGGCGCUGGCUACGGAUCCGGUUACGCCGUGCAGGGUUACGCCGCACACGACAUCGGUUACCACGGUCACGCCCAGCUGUUGUCCAAGACCAUCGUCAAGGAAGUCGGACACCCGUACCCAGUGCCCGUCGAGAAGCACGUGCCAUACCCCGUAAAGGUCGCCGUGCCCGUCGACCGCCCGUACCCAGUGCACGUACCUCGCCCAUACCCAGUGCACGUUGAGAAACCCGUGCCAUACACCGUCAAAGUUCCAGUGCCACAACCGUACGCAGUCUACAAAGAAGUGCCAUACCCGGUGAAAGUGCCCGUCGACAGGCCGUACGCCGUCCACGUGCCCAAGCCCUACCAGGUAGUCGUCGAGAAGCACGUCCCAUACCCAGUCGAGAAACAAGUCCCAUACCCAGUCAAGGUGCCCGUCGACCGUCCAUACCCAGUCCAUGUACCAGUCGAGAAGCACGUCCCAUACCCAGUCGAGAAACACGUCCCAUACCCCGUCCACGUACCAGUCGACCGCCCAUACCCGGUGACAGUCGAGAAGCACGUCCCGUACACUGUUGACAGACCAGUCCCAUACCCAGUCGAGAAGCACGUCCCAUACCCAGUCAAGGUUCCCGUCAAGGUCGAAGUGCCAGUGCCAUACGAAGUGCCCAGUCACGAUGAAUACCACGUCAGCGGCUACAGCUCUCCGUCUUACGGUAACUCGUACGGACCAUCCCACAGCACUUCGUACAGCAACUCGUACGGACCAUCCCACAGCACUUCGUACGGCAACUCGUACGGACCAUCCCACGGUGUCUCGUCCUACGGCUCAUCGUCAUACGGCUCAUCGUCCUACGGAUCGUCUCACGGUAGCUCACUUAAUAAUGAGGUUUUAACAAGUUUUUGGUUAAAACUAUGUUUGGACCUAACUCAUAGAAACCUGAAAUACAUACAACAAGCUGACGAAGGGGGUAAAUAUUUUUACGAAAUUAACAUGAUGAAACCACCCGAUCGCCGCCACGUAAAAAGCAGCACACACACGAUGAGAUCGACUCUGUUCGCGGUGUGCGCAUUAGCGCUCUGCGCCCACUGUCUGGCCGCCGACGACAAGUCGGCCAAGAAAGACGCCGUCGACGGCAAGUCGCAGGGCAAGAGGAGCCUGUUCGACACCGGCUACGGUUUCGGCGGCGUGUCGGCCGACAGCUACGGUCACGCCGACAUCCUGUCCGCCGGUUACGGGCACGGACUCGUCUCCGCCAGUGGAUACGGUGCGGGUUACGCCGACUUCGGCGGCCACGACUCGUACGCCUCGUACGGCGCACACCACUCGUACCAACACCACGUGCCCGUCAAGACCAUUACCAAGAGCGUGGCUCUCCCUUACCCCGUCGAGGUGGCCAAGCCUUACCCGUACCCAGUCAAGGUGGCCGUUCCAGUCGACCGCCCGUACGCCGUAGACGUUCCCCAGCCGUACCCUGUGCACGUCGCCAAACCCUACCCAGUCAAGGUCGCAGUGCCACAUCCAUACCCAGUCGUCAAGGAAGUGCCGGUGCCCGUUAAGGUUCCAGUCGACCGCCCGUACCCAGUGCACGUAGACAAGCCGUACCCAGUGUACGUCGAGAAGCAAGUGCCGUACCCAGUAGAGAAGCACGUCCCAGUGCCCGUCAGCGUUCCGGUCGACCGUCCGUACCCAGUGCACGUACCGGUCGAGAAGAUCGUACCUUACCCCGUCGAAAAGGCCGUCCACUACCCGGUCAAGGUACCCGUCGACCGCCCGUACCCGGUGCCCGUCGAGAAGCACAUCCCGUACCCGGUCGAGAGGGCCGUGCCAUACCCGGUCGAGAAGCACAUCCCGUACCCGGUCAAAGUGCCUUACAAAGUGCCAGUCGCCGUUCCAUACCCGGUCAAGGCGUACCAACCCGACCACUACGAACACCACGAACACCACGACUACCACCACGGCAGCUCCGGAUACUAAUCUGACUCCGCCGUAAGCAGCUAGUCACCACCACCAUCCAUCGUCCCCCCCCUCCAAACAUACGACCCCAUUCCUCACCCAAAGUUACCAGAUAUAUAACUCGCGCGUAAUAUAUAAUAAUAUGAUAUAAUUCCAUCGUUCUUCUUCUUUUUUUUUUUUUUUUUUUUUUUCGUUGAGCCAAAAUCAAAUUCGCGAGAUCGAGUAGGUCUGUUAGCGAGCUGACGUGAUAAUCAAAAAAAAAAAAAAAAAAAUCAAGUCGCGAAUCGUACCGAUAAUAAUAUUAAUAUUGUUAUAUCAACACAGCGUUCGUGUUCAAUAUCUAAUACAAUAUAUUCUUAGGGA